UGUAAAGAAUCGACAGAAAAAAAAACUCUCACCAAAAUAGAACUUUCAAACAAAAUUCAGUUGCCAUCCAUUCAACUUAAACCAUUUGUAAUCAACUUGAUUUUAAUUCAUCUUCAAACAAUUCAUCGAUUGUUCUAAUUCAAAUCAAAGCAGUAUACUAGUAAUUAAUUAGUAUACAUUUCAUAUUCAACUUUGAUAGCACCAACGUUUGAUUAAGAACGCGUCUAUAGACAUAUCCCCCAAAGCAGGACAAAACCCAAAAUAAAUAAAAAGAGUAUAUUGUUAUAUUCCCCCUAUUGCAUUAACAACAACUAAAAACAACAACUAUUAGUACUAUAUCACAACAUGUCUGAUUCAGAACAAGCUCCACCAGUGACCAACGAUACCGAAGCUCCAAAGGAUGAAAAACCAGAUAACACCCAUAUUAACUUGAAAGUAAGUGAUGGUAGUGCUGAAAUUUUCUUUAAGAUUAAAAGAUCAACUCCAAUGAAAAGAUUAAUGGAAGCUUUUUGUAAAAGACAAGGGAAGAGUUUGGAUAGUUUAAGAUUUUUAAUAGAUGGUACUAGAAUUUAUCCUGAUAAUACUCCUGAUCAAUUAGAAUUAGAAGAUGGUGAUACCAUUGAAGCUCAUCGUGAACAAACUGGUGGUUUCCAAUAAACUCACAACAUAACUAACUUCAACAUAACGGAUCAAACUAAAAAAAAGAUGAACAAUGCUAUGGUUGUCUAAAUAUGGUUCGUGCUGCUAUUCUACCUAGUUGUGCUAUUGUAAUAUAGGGUUUAAAAUCUGGUUAUUCUGCUUAAUAUUAAACUAUUUGAUGUUUAUGCUUAUUUUGUCUUUCUUCUUCUUCUUCUCUUUCUUAUUAUUACUCUACGAUCUCUCACAUUCUCCUAAAUAGAUAUAUGUAUGAUUAUUACAUAUGCCAUAUAUAAUGAUUAUAUUUAUAUGAUAAUUCUAUAUAAUUAA